AUGAUUUCAAAAAUCAUUGACCCAGAGCGUGCAGUCGCCGAUAUCUUCAAUUCAACCAUUGCAGCUGCAGCUAUUGGUGCUGCCUGGGAAGUAGGUUUACUUGAUGAAGUGCGAGAGCAAAAUGAGGUCAAUGUGAACCAGUUCGCAAUACAACACAAUCUGGACCAUGCCUCUGUGCAAGGCCUAGUUGCCGCGCUCGUCACUGUGGAUGUGAUUGAGCGUAACGGGGACGCGGUCACAUCCGGCCCGCUGCUGGACGAAGCCUAUCGGACUAAAUCAAUGUUCCACUGGCUCGCCCUAGGCUCAGGUGGGCUAUUCUCCCGCAUGCAGUACAUGCUGCACAACGAGAAUCGCAAGGGUGUCUUCUACAGCCGAGACUCUACAGCCAUUGCAUAUGCCUGCCGCGAUAUUAACCGCCACCACUUCGACCCCGUCUUCUGGAGGCUUAUGGAGCAGCUGGGUUACAAGUUCCACUCAGUGGUUGACCUAGGCUGUGGCAGUGGUGAGCGGUUAAUGCAAAUUCUCCGCCGGUACCCUAACACGAGGGGCAUUGGCAUCGAUAUCGCCGAACCUGCCCUCAAAGUCGCCACAGUCGAGGCGAUAGAACGUGGUCUCGGCGAUCGGUUAUCUUUCAUGAAGGGCGACGCGCGCAAUAUGGACUACUGUGAUGAGUUCGCUCAAGUUGACCUGUUGACGUGCUUUAUGAUGGGUCAUGACUUCUGGCCUCGGGAAAACUGUAUUGCUACACUACAGAUGUUGCGGAAGGCGUUUCCCAAAGUCCACCGUUUUCUACUGGGAGAUACGACUAGGAUCCUGUUGGACGGACCUCGGUCCGAGCAUGCCGUCACUGAAGCUAACAUUCCCGUCUUUACCCUGGGCUUUGAAUUUGGUCACGCUCUGAUGGGUGUCUAUUUGCCCACAAUAGAAGAAUGGCAAGAUGUCUUCGCUGAAAGUGGAUGGCGCUGUGUGAGCCGGAACUUGAUCAAAUCACCAUCGCUCUCUGUCAUCUUUGAACUAGAGCAUGAUCACUGA